UCAUGGCGGCACGGCUUCGCACGUUUUCCUUGCCGUUUUCGCGAUUGGCGAUAGCUAGUCGACAAUUUUCGUCGGAUAUCAAAGCUAUCAGUUGUCCUAUGGACGUUCCAUUACCAGGAGCUCCUCUAUCCCGUCACGUACGACUUGCAGACCUUCCUGUCAGAGAGACGAGAGUAACGACAUUAGAAAACGGAAUUCAAGUCGCCUCAGAAGACUGCUUUGGACAAUACUGUACUGUAGGAGCUCUUAUUAACGCUGGAUCUAGGUAUGAAGUGGACUUCCCUUCUGGUGUUUCUCACUUUAUUUCGAAGCUAGCGUUUCAGAGCACUUGCUCGUUUAGCCACGAAGAUCUUAUGCAAGAAUUUGAGAAACAUGGGGGAAUGUUGGACUGUCAAUACCACAGAGAUACAGUCAUGUAUGGAACGACAGGUUAUAGCAGCGAGUGUUCGUCUAUUAUGAGACUGCUUUCUGAGGCUGUGUUUAAGCCAAAUAUUACUGAUAACGAGAUGCAAGAUGCAAGAGAACGUAUCGCAUUUGAAUUGGAGGAUGCGGAACUAAAGCUAGAUCCUGAGCCCAUCUUAACCGAGCUUAUUCAUACGGCUGCAUUCAGAGACAACACGUUAGGCUUGCCAAAGCUUUGUCCUCCUGAUAACAUCAACACAAUCAGCCGACAGAAUGUUCUCGAAUAUUUACAGUGUUACUACAAGCCGUUGCGGCUCACAGUAUGUGGAGUAGGCAUCGACCACGAUGCGUUUGUAGAAAUGGCUAGAGACAGUUUUGGACACAUUCAGCCUUCGUGGGAAAACACAGCAAUAACUAGGAAUUUGACACCCGACAAUUCAAUAUCACAAUACACAGGAGGAAUAGAGGCUAGUGAACGUGAUAUGUCAACACAUCGUCUAGUGGUUAACCCUUUACCUGAGCUAGCCCACGUGGCACUGGGAUUCGAGAGCUGCUCAUUUAACGAACCGGACUUUUUCACAUUUGCCGUUCUCAACAGUUUAUUGGGUGGCGGAGGAUCGUUCUCAGCAGGUGGUCCAGGCAAGGGAAUGUAUUCACGACUCUAUCUCGAUGUUCUCAACCGGUAUUCGUGGGUACAGAACUGCACCGCUUAUCAUCACGCAUACAACGAUUCUGGUUUGUUCUGUAUAUAUGGCAGUUCAGCACCAUCUGAUUUGAGGAGUAUGACUGAGGUGCUGAUAACUCAGUUUCUACAAUUAACUGAAGGAUAUGGUGAUAUUGAGUUGAGUCGUGCGAAAGAGCAACUGAAGUCGAUGUUGAUGAUGAAUCUCGAGUCUAGAAACAUAGUGUUUGAAGAUAUUGGGCGGCAAGUAUUGGCUACCCGUCACAGACAGUCACCUCAAGAGCUUUGUGACAAAAUAGACGCUGUGACUAGCGGCCAGUUGCAGGAUGCAUGCCAGAAGAUGUUAAAGAGUUCGCCAUCUGUUGCUGCAUUUGGAAAUUUGAGGUCACUGCCAUCGCUUGACGAAAUCUGUACUGCACUAACAGGAAAUGGAAGACUACGAUCAAGCUGGAGAAAGAGCUGGCAGUUUUGAUACUGACCAACACACUGAAAGUUGUGAUACAUGCUGACAUAAUGUGCUCAAUGUUGUGUUAGGUAUUUUAUAUUGAAUUAAAGAGAGAAAACGUCA